GUGUGCGUGUCUCUCUCUCUUUCUGUACGCACAUGCAUUCAUUUAACCCAGCGGUCCUCCACAGUCUCUGCUUUCGUGUGUGACUUCCCUGCUGUUGGUGCAGGGGAACGUGUAGCGGUAAGAAGGCGUGAAUAGCAUUGCUUGUGUAUUUAUGCAAUAAAAAGGAAGAGGAAGAGGCAAAAAAAAGACAAACGGGAGUGGGGGAGGUGGCUGGAGGAGAGCGAAAGAGAGAGAGAGAGGAGGAAGGUGAUCAGAGGCGUGAUGCUAUGGUGAACAGGACAGAGUUACUGUUCUGAUCUCUCUCGUUCAAAAAUGGACUCAGGCGCUGUUCUCAAGCUCUUCACCUUAUAUCUGUUCUUCAAUCCGUGGCUGAUCAUCGCUACCGCUUAUUCCCAUAAUUGUGACAGUCAUCUGGUGUCUGACUUGCUUCAGUCAGCUUUCAAUUGCUCUUCCAAGUUCUCAAGCAGUCAUGGCCCUGGCUUUGCAAAGCUGAACAGGAGAGAUGGAGCUGGUGGAUGGUCACCCUUGGAAUCUGACAAAUACCAAUGGUUACAGAUGGACCUCGGUGAGAGAACAGAAAUCACUGCUAUCGCAAGCCAGGGCCGAUAUGGAAGCUCGGAUUGGGUGACACGCUAUCUAUUAAUGUUCAGCGAUACAGGAAGGAAUUGGAAGCAGUAUCGCCAGGAAGACAGCAUUUGGGCUUUCGUCGGAAACUCCAAUGCAGACACUGUCGUGCACAACAAGUUGCAAAACUCGAUCAAAGCCAGAUUCUUGCGGUUUGUUCCUCUUGAUUGGAAUCCUAAUGGAAGGAUUGGAAUGAGGGUUGAAGUUUAUGGCUGCUCUUACAAAUCGGAUGUUGCUGACUUUGAUGGGAAGAGCUCCAUGCUGUACAGAUUCAACCAGAAGAGUGUGACCACUGUAAAGGAUAUCAUCUCCCUGAAGUUCAAGACAAUGCAAAGUGAUGGAGUGGUUCUGCAUGGAGAGGGACAAAGAGGAGAUUACCUCACCCUGGAACUGAAGAAGGGCAAACUCUCAUUAGAGAUCAGUUUAGGUGACGCAGCACCUCAAGCAAUUAAUGGCCAUUCUUCUGUCAUACUGGGCAGUCUCCUUGAUGACCAACACUGGCAUUAUGUUGCAAUUGAACGUAAUAAAAAGCAAGUGAAUUUUACUGUGGAUGCAGACACACAACACUUCCAAGCCAAUGGGGAGUUUGAUGUCUUGGAUAUUGACUAUGAGCUGAGUUUUGGAGGGAUUCCAAUUCCAGGCAAAUCUGUGACAUUCCUCAGGAAGAACUUUCACGGCUGCAUUGAGAAUCUCUAUUACAAUGGGGUGAAUAUUAUUGAUCUGGCCAAGAGACACAAGCCUCCGAUACAUAUUGUGGGCAACGUGACAUUUUCCUGCACAGAGCCUCACAUUGUUCCGGUCACUUUUAUGACUUCCAGCAGUUUCUUGCAGCUGCCAGGAUCAGAUCAAAUGAAUGAAUUAUCUGUCAGCUUUCAAUUCCGUACCUGGAACAAGGAUGGUCUGCUGCUGUACACUGAGCUUCACAGAGCAUCUGGGGCACUGCAGAUUCACCUCAGUGACAGUAAACUACAAGUAACUGUUCAUAAAUCAUCGAGGAACCAAGCUGACAUUACUACAGGGAGCAAUCUGAAUGAUGGACAGUGGCACAUCAUCCAUUUGAGAGCCAGACGGAAUCGCGUCAGUGUCACGUUGGACGGCGAAACUGCCUCAACCGCUCACUCAACCAUACAAAUACGGAUGUAUUCAGGGAGCAGCUACUAUUUUGGAGGCUGCCCUGGAAGUGACAUUGAUGCUGGAUGUGCAAACACAGUUGGUGCCUUUCAAGGUUGUAUGCGACUUUUGUCAAUCGACAACCAGCUAGCCAACCUCAUUCAGGUGCAACAAGGCUUGCAAGGCAACUUCAGCGAUUUACAAAUAGACCUGUGUGGCAUCAUGGACAGGUGUUUGCCAAAUUACUGUGAGCACGGUGGAGAAUGCUCUCAGUCCUGGAGUACCUUCUACUGUCACUGCACAGGGACUGGCUAUACAGGAGCUACAUGCCAUAACUCCAGGUAUAAACAGUCCUGUGAGACGUACAAACACACAGGGAAUACAUCCGGCUUCUUUUCCAUUGAUCCAGAUGGCAGUGGUCCACAAAGACCUUUGCUCGUCUAUUGCAAUAUGACAGAAGAUAGAACCUGGACUAUAAUUCAACACAACAACAUGAAGGAAACCAAAUUACAUGGUUCUCCCAAUUACGACCAGCCUUACGUCACAUUGUUCAACUAUAGCGCCAAUAUGGAACAGCUGCGAACUAUGAUAGACCGUGCUGAGCACUGCGAGCAGGAGAUUGCCUACCACUGCAAGAACUCACGUCUCCUGAAUACACCUGAUGGCGCACCAUUGACCUGGUGGAUCGGGAGGACCAACGAGAAGCAAACUUACUGGGGAGGUUCGUCACCAGGCAUUCAGAAAUGUGCCUGCGGAUUGGAGGAGAGCUGCUUGGAUACCAAGUACCACUGUAACUGCGAUGCUGGCAAAGAUAAAUGGACUAAUGAUACGGGUCUUCUGUCAUACAAAGAUCACUUGCCUGUGACUAAGAUUAUUAUUGGAGACAUUAACAAGACAAGCGCCGAAGCCGCCUACAAGCUUGGGCCACUGCGUUGCCAUGGUGAUGGUAAUUACUGGAAUGCGGCAUCAUUCAACACUGAGUCCUCAUAUCUGCACUUCCCUACGUUCCACGGCGAGCUCAGUGCGGACAUUUCAUUCUUCUUCAAAACGACUGCUUCUUCGGGAGUUUUUCUAGAGAAUCUCGGAAUUAAGGACUUCAUAAGGAUAGAGCUGAACUCCCCAGUAGAAGUGCUGUUCUCAUUCGACGUGGGUAAUGGUCCAUCGGAGGUUAUUGUGAAGUCUUCCACCCAUCUGAACAACAAUCAGUGGCAUUAUGUCAGAGCGGAGCGAAAUAUCAAAGAGGCGUCUCUUCAAGUGGAUCACCUGCCAAGCAAGACUCAGGAGGCCCCAGAUGAUGGACACAUCCACUUACAGCUCAACAGCCAGCUAUUUGUAGGAGGAACUGCCUCAAGACAGAAAGGAUUCCUCGGAUGCAUCCGGUCCCUGCAACUAAAUGGAGUGACCCUUGACCUUGAGGAAAGAGCAAAAAUGACCCCAGGGGUGAAGCCAGGAUGCCCAGGACAUUGUAGUAGUUACGGGAACCUGUGCCACAAUGGGGGGAGAUGCAUCGAGAAAUAUAGUGGCUAUUCCUGCGACUGUGGCCACUCUGCUUAUGACGGACCAUUCUGUAAGAAAGAGAUUUCGGCACUCUUGGAAGCCGGGACAUCAUUGGCUUACGAUUUCCACGAAUCUUAUGGCAUUGGCAAAAAUGUCAGCAGCCCUUUAUCAGCUAUUUACUCAGACAUGACGCUUUCAAGAGAGAACAUUGAGUUCAGCUUUCGAACCACCCACACUCCAAGUGUGCUGCUUUAUGUGGACUCCUAUUAUGAGGAAUAUAUAGCUGUGGUUUUGUGCAGUAAUGGGAACCUUCAGAUCAGAUACAAGCUGGAUAAUGAUAAAGACGCCGAUAUCUUCAGCAUCGAUAGUGGAAAGUUGGCAAAUGGACAACUCCACAAUGUGAAGAUUGAUCGGGAAGGGAGAGAUGUCUAUGUUCAGAUUGAUCAGCUCCCAACAUUGAGGUUCAAUCUGUCAUUAGGAACUGAUUUAGAGUUCAAUGGCAUGAGAUCCCUGAUCCUGGGCAAGAUCAUGGACACUAGUGGGCUAGACAAGGAGCUCCUAAGAACAAGCACUUGGGGAUUUAUUGGCUGCCUUUCUACCGUCCAGUUUAAUGGGAUCACACCACUGAAGGCUGCCUUACGUCAUCCCAACAGAGCACCAGUCACUGUCAAGGGCAAUUUGGCUGAGUCGAGGUGUGGAGUUUCAGGAUCAGCUGGUUCAAGGGCAAUCACCACAGCCCAUCCGCUUGCAGAUCACCCAGGGGAAAUUGAGGAGGGUAAGCUUCUAACGAAUGCAAUGAGGAGUGACUCAGCAGUCAUUGGAGGUGUGAUAGCGGUGGUUAUCUUUGUCAUCCUCUGUGUCAUUGCUGUAAUGGGACGCCUACUGUACAGGCACAAAGGCACAUAUCGUACCAAUGAAACAAAGGGGGUGGAAUAUGCUGAGAAUACUGACACCACUCUGAAGAACAAUGCCAAUUACCAGGACUCCAUUAGUGAAGGCAAGAAGGAGUAUUUCAUCUGACAGUGGUACAGGCCCUUCUCAUUACCACCGAUAUAACAGAAGAUUAAUAACACUAACAGCUGGGACUUGCUGUCUGUGCAAUGAGUUAGCUCUAGAUUCCGCAUUCUAAAUGCUCAAAUGCUAUGUUCAAAGUAUUGUCACAGGACAAAUGACUGGUUUACACUUCUGUUCACCUUAUCAGAACAGAGAUAUAACCUAUUGUUUCCUGCUAACUCUAGGUCAGCUCAGGGGAGUAGAAAUAAGACUUUUGUAAAUUCUAUAUAAAGACAGCAGAGAAAAAAUUACCAUUAUAUAAAACACAUGAAAAAAUAAGCGGCUGUUAACUUUUAUUUUCUGUUUGACUCCAUUUGCUCUCCUCCCACCCAUUUUAUAUUUUUUACCCCCACCUAUUUGGUGCAAACACAAUCUGGGGAUAAUUCCUAACAACCCUGUUAUAACAUCAAUAACAACUUGCGUUUACAGCAUGCCUUUAUCAUUGUAACAUAUCCCAAGGUACUUAAAUCCCAAUUUUCAUCAUAUUUGACACAGAGCAACCUAAGAUGAUAUCAGGACAGGUUACAGUCGAGGCAAUUCAGGACAGGCAGUAAAUGCUGGCCCUGUCAGUGAUGCCCACAUCAGAUGAGUGAGUCACAACCAAAAGCUUGGUUGAAGAGGGAUGCUUCAAGGCCAGUCUGAAAGGAGGAGGGAAGGAGUGGCAGAAAGUUUUAGGGAAGGUAUUCCAGAAUUUAGGAGCUGAAGACACAUCUGCCAAACUGAGUUGUAAUUAAAAUCGAAGAUGUGCAAGAGGCCAGAGUUGGAGGCAUUACAAAGAGUUGUGCAGAUGGUGGUGUUACUGAUAUACGGAAUUGUGAAACUCCAGAGAGACUUCUUACCCAAAGUGAGAAUCUUCACCCAGGUCACUUUACCACGAGACCUAAAGGUUUCAAAGUCCAUGCGGACUAGAUUUGCUUUCUCUUGAGUAUGGAUGGUGCUAUGAUUUUACUGAGGUUUCAAAGAUGAUUGAUGGAGUUGAUAUUAAGGGAAAAUAAUUAUUUCAUCUGUCCAGAACAAGGCCUUCACUUUCAAGUUCAAGCUGAGCCUUUCCGGGGUGAUGCCAGGAAAUGCCUUUUCAGAGAAAAAUGGGCAUGGAAAUCUGUAAUAAAGAUAUUAAGGCUGGGGGGAUUGGACAAUUGAAAACAUUAAAAUCAAGGUGAAUACAUUUUUGAUAGGUUAAUGGCAUUGAGUUGUAUGGAACCAAGGCAGUUGUGAGGUCAAGAUACAGAUUAUACUUGGUCUAACUGAAUGGUGGAACAGAUUUGGGGGCCUGAAAGACUUAUUCUUGAUCCAGCCACAUACGUCUUCAUAACCAAGCAGACCUGAUAAGCACAUACACUUGUAAAGAUGUGCAGGAAUCCUAACAUCUUCCCUCUUCUUGAGUGCUAAGGUCAAAAUUUGAUGCCUAGUUUUCUCAUCUAGUUGAAAUCAACUAUCUCAAAACAGUCUAAGAUUCAACAUCUUCUGAUGAGACAGAGAUCCUGUGGCAAGAAAAUUGGUAACUCAAGCCAACAGUGUACAAGGUAAGCAGAAUGAAACGACCAUCAUGAGCUGCAGAAUGUACAGGUAGAUCUUGGAAUUAGUUAUGUAGAGCAAUUGAAGUCCAGGAUUUGGGGAAUGGUAGCAUUAAGAUCCUCUAAUACCAAUGCACAAAAAAAGCUCCCGAGUUUACAUUUAUCAUUUCUUGCAUAAUGGUAAUUUUUCACUGCUUUUAUUUAAUUCCAUUUUAUAAAAAUCUUGGGUCUAAUCCUAUGACCUGACCUCAAUAACAUCUGUAAAAUUAAUACUUUUGUUUGUAAAUGACUGACUAUCUAGCGACGUAAUAACACGGGAGGUCUUCGCUCUCCAGGAUUGUGUGGUGCCAGAUGAGUUGAGUUCUUAGUACCAUUAUUCAACAUAUUUAACUCACCCAUAUAUAUAUACAUGUAAAUUAUUUUCAUGCCGUACUGCAGAAAUCAAUACCAAGCACAAACUACUUUGUCAGAAUAUCAUACAGAGAGGAAGUAAGACAGAAAUUUCACUCCCUAUUUUGUUUCCCUAAAACUUUAUGUGAAUAUACGUGAAUGACAGACAGGAAAAAGAAAGCGUUGGUCAAUCAGCCAUAUUCCAUAUCAAUGAUAAUGUGAUCUCCCAAGCCCUUCCCCUCUUGUACAUCCUGUUUCCUCUUCCUACACACUGGGGCUGCAAAUCCUCUGGGAGAUACACAAAAACAGAGAGGGAGCAAUGAAAUGGAGCUUUAAUUUAAUCUGAUUGCUUGCCUCUAACACAUCGUCUGAAAGUUUUCCUAUGAGGUGGAACAAUUCUGAGUAAAUAUUCCAAAUGCUACUAAUGGUUUUGUAAGCAAGUUCACAAUGGUUACCAUUACUUGGCUUUUUUUUACUGCGAUUGUUCUGAGCCAUUUGACCUCAGAUAUCACUAUGGUUACAACACAGCCCUCAGCAGCAAAACAUUUGAUGAAUUAUGAAAAGGGUAUGUUGUGAAUGAGGUAUCAUAGCACAAUCCCAUUAAACUUGCAAACAAUAAAAUCUUCAGAACCAAAACUUUAUGUUGAGUAGAAGCGAGACCCUGAUUCAAUUGAAUUGAGAUGUGGCCUGAAUUGAUUAAAUAUCUGAAUUACGUCCAAUGUUAUUUGUUAGGUAGAUGUAGGAUUUGCAAAAUUAUUGUCGAGGACUGCAAGUUGAUUGGAAUUGAAUUGAAUUAACUUUAUUUUCACAUAUACUCACAUGAGUAUCUUAGGUACAAAUUCUUAGGGAAAAAAUUGAAAAAGAAAGAAAUAGAAAGUUCAGCACUAUAAACCUUCGGAAGUGUAAAAUCAUAAUAAUAAAUUUGAUAAAUUAAUAAAUAAAAGUUCAGAAUGAUAGUCCUUCUGCGAUAUUAUUAUCAAGAAAAUCAGAAGAAUUUUUUAGAAAAGAGAAUUUAAGGCGAAUUCCACUUAGUUAUGUGUUUUCUUCAGACAAGAGGGAAGAACGAUUGGUGGGAAAAUGAGUUGUUACCUUUUAUGAGUGAAAUUUUGAAAAUGGCCUGAAAGCUAAGACAGAUACCUGGCGAAUUUGUAAAUAACGGCACAUCCCAAGUAAAUCUCCUCACUCCUGCUCAAAUGUUGAUACUCUCCCAAGUACUGGUAUUGCUGAACCAAUAUGAUCACAUUCCUCUCAAAUAUUGAUGCAGUCCUAUUGGCUUGCUGCAAAUUUUGGUACACUGCCACGAAUUCCAAGCAACACCAACACAGCACUAUUCCCAGCUUCUAAUAUUUUUCAAACUCCCAAUGUAGUCCGAAAAUAUUGACAUGACAUGAAUAAUGUUUAUCAAAUAUCAAAACAAUAUGGAAACAUCACCUUCCACCACUCCAAGUUAUUAAACAUAGACCCAGUAACUCACGCAAAUACUGUCGCUCUAAUGAUUAAACUUAGUUAAUCAUAACAAACUCCACUUAACUGGCUGCAAGUGUUGAAUAUUCCCAAAUUUCAAUUUUCUAUUUCAAAGUAUCUCAUUCCACUCUCCAAGAAGAUGCCUUGCCUCCCUUGCUUGGAGAAAGAGUGUAACUGAAAGGAGCAUGUCAGAUCUUCACCAGUGAGUAACUAAUGUCCAGAAUGGAUUUUACCAAUUAAGUGAAUAAAACCAGUGUAUCGGGAUCACAUAAGAGAUGACUAGAUAAUGCAAAGGGAACACGAAAGAGUGAGAUUAAAUACCUUCUUCAUCUGAAUUCAUCUCGCUCGGACAUCAUGCUGAUUGAUUCAUACCACAAGUACAGAGCUUGUGAACGAAACAAAAAUGCUACCUGUAAUAUAAUGCUACAGAACACCACAUCCUAGACUAUUGGAGUACAAAAAGGGCAUAGGGCUCCAGAGGCAUUUUCUGCAAAUAUCAUCACUUCCCAAGAAAACACAAGCUAAUGCUAAAUCUUUCUUGCUGUCUUGAGUGUAUGUAUGCUGAUUGCUCCCUUUACGAGCUACUGCCAUGUCCAUCUUCAAGCACUUAUGACAAGCUGCGAGGACAUUCUUUUUUUCCAUUGGUAUCCUCUUCUGUUGAUUUUUUGAAGUCAUCGUUACUGAGAGAGAGAUUUUGUAACUGUCUUUCAAAAGAGCAGACUUUCCACAAAGUCAUCCGCUUCUAAGCGUGUUUAGCCCUGUAGCCAAUGGACUUUAUGGGCUGGAAGUUCAUUUUGAGUGGCCUUGCAUUGUUGCACCAUUUUACUCCAAUAUUUAUUUAUUAACUUUUACUAAAGUAACAAAGAACAACUAAUAUGAUAUUACCCUUUGCAUAUGACUGCUAAGACAGGUUUCUAUCCCGUCAUGUUGGUUUUGCAUCAAAUGCAGUUCAACUCACAAAAAUAACAGGGGAUUUCAUAAUCCACAUCCCCAGCAGGGGUAGCAUAGGCCCUGAAAUGACAUGAAGAAAUUGCAGAUGCACAUUUAUUUUGUCCAUUGAGUUGUGAAAGCAGCUGCCAUAUAAAAUGAAGUAAAUGUAAUGAAAGUCACCACAGCCCUGCACUCCCAUCAGAGAGACAACUAGUGGUGGUUUAACCUGAGGGUCACCACAUCUCAGGCAAGGGGCGAGGUUGAGAAGGAUGGACGUUCCUGGUGACCUUAGCCAGUACAAGAAUUGAACCUGCAUUGUCACCAUCACUCUGUAUUGCAAAACAACCGUCCAGCUAACUGAGCUAACUGACACCCACUGUCACACAGCACAUACCAAGGACAAUUCUUCGUCAUUCCUGGGUGACCUAACUCUCGUUCUUUAUCACAGUUAACUGACCACAUCUUCUUACAGUGUAAGUAAUAGAUUUAAGGAAACAAUAUCUGUUUUCAGCAGCGCUGCAGCAAUUUGCAGCUUACCUACAGUGGUGAAUGACAUUUUGGAAGUCAUACCCUGAAAAGGGACAAGAACUGGCAAUGCUGUAUUUCUGUGAUUUAUAUGGCAAAAGUAAAGAUAAUUGUUAGGGAAAGGAUAUUCCUAUUCAUAAAAUUUUAAGUAAUUCAAUGAUAAUUGUGUGUAAAGUGUUUAUUGGCUUUCAUAGUAAUUAGGCAUAAAUUAUAGCUAUUAUGAACAAUAAUUACAUAUAGAAUCACGAAAUGAUACCCACAGAAUGAAAACAUUCAGAACAGAAUGCCUGUGGUUUCUCUUUUGAAGACCUAUCCAAUUAGUGGCAUUGAUUUGUCUUUAAUUAAUAGCCGAGCAAAUCUCUUCACAUUGGUAGUUAUUCAAUUUCCUUUUCAAUAUAUACAGCGGUAACUAUUACUAAUGAUAAACGUAUAUGCAUUGAUAACUAUAAUUAACAAAAUGUAUACAAUAAGAACUGUUAUUGAUAAUUUCACAUAUAAUUACAGUGAAAAUGAAUAAGCGGAGAAUUCACCAUCUCACAGAAUCUGAGGAUCGUUGCCUAGGAGCUCUUUUUUGUGUUCUGAAGAAUACACACAACUUCUCAAACAUUUCUUUCACUGUGGGCUGCAUGAGAAGCCACAUUAAUUUUUCCCAUUUUACCCCAUCCAUUUAGCUGCCAAUAUUCAGGCCUUAACAGAAGUAACUCCUUUCACGGCUUUACCUUGAUUGAGCUGUUCAGCAGGAGAUAUUUGAAAGGCUUCAAGAUUCUCUUUUGAGUAGGGUUGUCCUUGGAGGCAACUGGGAUACCCACGCAUUGAGGACAAAAGAGAGCUCAUCUCUCAAUGUUAAUCAUCUACAUUCUGUGGUAACUUUUAUUCACCUCUGUGCACUUCAUGGAAAUUAAAACUGAGGUUACUAAUCUUUGAAUAGCAACUUCAUUUUCAAAGGCAAAAAAACGGACAUUAAAGGAAUGAAUAUAAAAUGAUCUUAACUUCAUUUACUAUAAUUAAUCCCAAUAGUAACUGCAACUCCUUACAGAGCACAAUCGUAAAAGAUCAGUGGUCAUUAUGCAUCAGCUGAUUUGGCAGGGGUAGAAAUUUUGCAGCAAUCUUUGUUUGGUUUCAUUAGCAAAGAAGAGAAGGUAUUAAAAGAAAAAGAAAACAUAGAAGAUGAAUAUUUUUGUUUGAAGUAUGCUAGAUAUGUACACACAAUCAAGCAAAAAGCCCUUAAAGCAGACACUCCAUUUUGAUUGGAAGUGGAUGACUAUGACAAUAGCAUGCUAACCCAAUCAGCUUCUAGGGACCUCUUAAAGUCAUAAUCCACUCCCCAUCAGUAUCGCCAAAGGACACGCAAGAAUAUUACAUUAGAGAAGUCUAAAUGUUUGGCUGACAACAAAGUAUCUGAUUUGUCUGUGAACUAAUGACUAGUUAUCAAUAGCGAAGGCCUUCAGUCUGCCAAUAACUAUAUAAUUGGUUCUCAGCUGACCAGCUUGGUCAGGUUGAAUAACUUUGACAGAAGCUGUCAGACCUCUGGAACUAAAGGAGUUGUUUUUGCUCUGCAGUAAAUAAUAUCUCAAGCCUGAAGAUGCCAAGGCCAUUUCUGUUGUUCAGUUGCUGUGACUUUUAACUUGAAAAUAAACUUGUGUGGUACAGGAGCUCAGUGCUUAGCACUGCUGCCCCUCAGUGCCAGGGACCUGGUUUGAUUCCAGCCUUGGGUCAUUAUUUGUAAGGAGUUCGCACAAUCUCCCAGUGUCUGUGUGGGUUUCCUCCAGGUACUUCAGUUACCUCACACAGAUAUGCUGUUAAAUAGACUAAUCAUAGCAAAUGCGAGAUUACAGGGAUAGAGUUGGGUUUGGGGGGGAUGCUGUUUGGAGGGUUAGUGAAAACUUGAGCCAAAAGGCCUCUUUCUGUACUGUAGGCAUUCUAAGAAUGCUCUAGCUCAAGGGACUUUUGGGACAGAGCUCCAUUUAAAGUGGAACUCAACAUGCAUUUGGUAAGAGAUAAUGGGAACUACGGAUGCUGGAGAAUCCGAGAUAACAAAGUGUGGGGCUGGAUGAACACAGCAGGCCA